CACGUGCAGUGCCCUGAUGUAAACAAAACAACAUUUUCUGCAAAAGUAUUUACAAUGGCAAAAGCUAGCUUGACACAGCUGGAGAAAAUAAUCAGCUUGUUACAUAAAUCAUCAUUUGUAAAGAGAAAUAGAAAUAGAGGAAAGUUUAGUAGUUAUACAUUUGGUCCGGCAGGAGUCUUAACAUCUAGAAAUCUCAACCAAUUAUUAUGGGACAGUCUAGUCACUUCACAGAUAGAUACAUAUCCUGUUGAGAACUCCGUCUUCAUGAACACAGAUGAAUCAAAGCAACUUAGAAGUAAUCUAUCUCAAGGUACAUUAAAGCAUUUACCAGAUAUACUACAACUAGUCAACUACACUUUACCUUUUGCUAUAGUUCAAAGAGGACAGACUUUUCCAGCGUCUCUGGCAACACAAUAUGAUGAUAAGUUUUUAUUUGAUUCCUCAGUUAAGACAGGCAUUGUUCUACAGUACUUUUGUAGCCCUGGUUCAGCUCUACAGUCGUUUGAUCAGUGGAUUCAACAGAGAUUACUGUGGUGGAGAAAGUAUGCUAGUAAUCCAUCACAGAUUUCCUGUUCGGAGUUAGAGACUUUAGAUGAAAGUACCAGUAGAGCAUUCAUACAGUGUCAGUUUCCAUGGGGACCAGAUAAUGUUGAGGAAAUUAUCAGUAGGGGAAGUAACCCAGUCAGUAACCUUCAGGAGACUACAAAAGUAAAAUUACAAUGUGAAAAUGGAAAGAAAAGUUACACACCACAUUUGAUAGAGUGUAGUACAGUAUUAGAACAUUGCCUGAUGGCUUGUUUAUGUGAUGCUUAUACAGAAAGUACAGCUCAAAAAGGAAAAAAAUCUCCACCUACUGAGAAAUUAAACUUGCAUCCAAAGAUCGCACCAUACAAGUUGUCUAUAGUCAGUUCAUCAAAAUCAAGAUCAAAUGAAAUCCAGGAAGUUGCAUCAUAUAUAAAUAAAGAUUUAAGGAAUGCUGGGAUUGAUGUAUUUCAUGCAAAAGAUUCCCUCUCAGUUGAAGAUCAGUUUAUAAGAAAUGAUAUGAUGGGCCUGCCAUACACUGCUAUUCUAAGUGAAGGAACAUUAGAGUCAGGAACCAUUGAACUUAGAAAUAAAGAUACUACAUUACAGGAAAAAAUUCACUUGACUCAGCUGAAGGAGAUUAUUUUAAAGAACAUUGACUUCUGACAGGGGAAAUCAUAAAAUAAACUUGUUAAAAUUCAAAAGUAAUCUGCACAAGUUAGAAAUAAUCUUUUUUGUACAGAACAUUGUGAUUUGAGAGACGAAGUUGUUAUAACCAUGUGUAAUAAGAAUGUCAAGGUCACAUGAACUGGAAUAUUCUUAAUGCCUGCAUUUAUAAUUGCACUUUUGUUAAAGACACAGUAAUGGUAUUUAUUGUUGAACUUUUGUUAAAGACACAGUAAUGGUAUUUAUUGUUGCACUUUUGUUAAAGACACAGUUAUGGUUUUUAUUAAUGUAAUGGAUAAUGUAAAUCAGAAUUUAAAAUAUAAGUUUUUAUUAACUUUAUCAGUGGCAUAGCUAGGCGGAAGCUCGGAAGCUAAGGCUUCAACAUGGUUUUGUCAAAAAAAUCAAACAUAAUAAAAAAAAAAAAGGAGCUAGAGAGAGAGAGAGUGAAGGGGAAGAGAAAUGGGCGCUGUGCGGUUAAAUAAAAGAAUUUGUAGAAGUCAACGAGUCGAUAUCACUUCUCAGACUCCCCGCGUUCGUUCCCAUCACCUGCGCUUUAUUUCCCCUCUUUUUAUAGCAGACGAAUAUUGUGCCUGCGGGGUGUUCUGCUAGUUACAAUGCAACGCAGAAUUGACAAUGCCAGUGACCAAUGCCAUCGCUGAACGCAGUUUCAGUGUCAUGCGCCGGGUUAAAACAUAUCUGCGUUAUACGAUGACAUCAGAACGACUUUCGGGGCUAUCUAUACUUCACGCAUACAAGGAAGGAGACGGUCAAGCCUAUUGGCAUUGAUAAAGUUAUUGACUGUUUUGCAACCAAAAAGGACAGGAGGCUUGCUUUUUUGGUUUAAAGUCAUUGGUGAGAGAGAUUGACUCUGACUCUUUUAAUAAUUCAUAUCCACACAUAAGGUUUCGACUGGCUGUAUCUUCAAAGUGAAAUGUUUCUCGAACAAUUACCCUACUGAGUUUGUAUUUUUGAAAUAAAACAAGACAAUUUUUUUUAGUUUAUUCACUGACAAACAUGGCAGGAAAUUUAGAAUCAUGUAUAAUGUUGUAUCAUAAAUAUUGCUCAGCUUUUGCACGAUAUUUGCUUAAUGCAGCCAAAAGCAAGGAUGAGCCAUCACCUUCGUUAAUUUUCAUUUAGUUGCCCUGGUAAGUUGUAUUCCGCUGCCCAUCAAUAUUGCCAAUGAGACAACUCUUCACAAGAGACCAAUUGACACAGAAAUUAACAACACGAUAGAUCCCCGUACGGCCUUCGACAAUGAAUAAAACCCAUACCGCAUAGUCAGCUAAAAAGGGCCCCGAAAUGCCAAAUGUAAAACAAUUCAAACGAGAAAUCUAACAGUCUGAUUUAUGUACAAAAUAAUGAAAAAAAACCAUAUAAGAUAGACAGCAACAAACGACAACCAGUACACUAAAUUACAUGCUCCUGACUUGGUAAACUGAGGCACAUACAUGUACCGAAUGUGGCGGGUUAAACUAAUUUGAAUGUGCCAACCCUGCCCUAACCUGGGUACCCACUAUAUAAAACUGAAUAUAUUGUUUACAUUUCAACUACAAACAAUUUAUAAUGGUGAGGUUUUUAUUAUACUGGUCUUUGUAAAUAUAACUUUUUUACCCCUCAGGAAUCUCCUAGUUUUUAUACGACCACAAAAAAAAUUUUGUGGUCGUAUAUUGGUAUGACGUUGGCGUCGUCGUCCUCGUCGUCGUCGUCGUCGUCCGAAGACACAUUAGUUUUCGCACUCUAACUUUAGUCUAAGUGAAUGGAUCUCGAUGAAAUUUUACCAUAAGGUUCAAUACCACAAAAGGAAGGUUGGGAUUGAUUUUGGGGGUUAUAGAAACAGUUAAGAAAUUAGGGGCCAAAAAGGGGCCAAAAAUAAGCAUUUUUGUAACUUCCAGACAUAACUUGUGUGUAAGUGUAUGGAUCUCUCUGACAUUGUACCACAAGGUUCCAUAUCACAAAGGAAAUGCUGGGAUUGAUUUUGGGGGUAAUUGCCUCCAAAUUUUAGGAAUUAGGGGCCAAAAGGGGCAAAAAACAAGCAUUUUCUAGUUUCAUGACAAUAACUUGUGUGUUAGUGUAUGGAUCUCUCUGACAUUGAAUCACAAGGUUCCAUAUCACAAAGGGAAUGCUGGGAUUGAUUUUGGGGUAAUUCCCUCCAAAUUUUAGGAAUUAGGGGCCAAAAAGGGGCAAAAAACAAGCAUUUUCUAGUUUCAUGACAAUAACUUGUGUGUUAGUGUAUGGAUCUCUCUGACAUUGUAUCACAAGGUUCCAUAUCACAAAGGGAAUGCUGGGAUUGAUUUUGGGGGUAAUUGCCUCAAAAUUUUAGAAAUUAGGGGCCAAAAAAGGGGCAAAAAACAAGCAUUUUUCUAGUUUCAUGACAAUAACUUGUGUGUAAGAGUAUGGAUCUUUAUGAAAUUGUACUACAAGGUUCCAUAUCACAAAGGGAAAGCUGGAAAUGAGUUUGGGGGUAAUUGACCAAAAAGCUUAGGAAGAAGGGGCCUAAAAGGGGUCAAAAAUAAGCAUUUUUCUAGUUUCCAGACAAUAACUUGUGUGUAAGUGUAUGGAUCUCUCUGAAAUUGUACUGCAAGGUACCAUACCACAAAGGGAAGGCUGGGAUUGAUUUUGGGGGUAAUUCCCUCAAAAUUUUAUGAAUUAGGGGCUAUAAAAGGGCAAAAAAACAAGCAUUUUUCUAGUUUCAGGACAAUAACUUGUGUGUAAGUGUAUGGAUCUUUAUGAAAUUGUACUGCAAGGUUCCAUAUCACAAAGGGAAAGCUGGAAAUGAGUUUGGGGGUAAUUGACCAAAAAGCUUAGGAAGAAGGGGCCAAAAAUAAACAUUUUUCUAGUUUCCAGACAAUAACUUGUGUGUAAGUGUAUGGAUCUCUCUGAAAUUGUAAUGCAAGGUACCAUACCACAAAGGGAAGUCUGAGAUUGAUUUUGGGGGUAAUUCCCUCAAAACUUUAUGAAUUAGGGGCCAUAAAAGGGCAAAAAAACAAGCAUUUUUCUAGUUUCAGGACAAUAUCUUGUGUGUAAGUGUAUGGAUCUUUAUGAAAUUGUACUGCAGGAUUCCAUAUCACAAAGGGAAAGCUGGGUUUGAGUUUGGGGGUAAUUGCCCUAAAUGUUUAGGAAUUUGGGGCCAAAAAGGGGCCAAAAAACAAGCAUUUUUCAAGUUUCCAGACAAUAACUUGUGUUCAAGUGUAUGGAUCUCUCUGAAAUUGUACUGCAAGGUACCAUACCACAAAGGGAAGGCUGGGAUUGAGUUUGGGGGUGUUUAAUCAUAAGGGGGUUCAAAAAAUUUGGGGGGGGGAUUUUUGUUUCCUUUUUUUUCUUUGGAAUUUUCCAUUUUAAAUUGGUUAUUUCUGAUUUAUAUAUAAAAACAACUAAUCAUGAUAUGGUUUGAAUAGGUAAAUUAACAUUUUUUAAGUUCUUAGACCACUUUCAUUCUGUGUCAGAAACCUAUGCUGUGUCAAAUAUUUAGUUACAAUCCAAAUUCAGUGCUGUAUCAAGCUUGAAUGUUGUGUCGAUACUUGCCCCAACUGUUCAGGGUUCGACCUCUGCGUAUCAAGCUGCGCCCCAGCGGUGCAUUUUAUUACAGUUUCUUUGAGGAACAAUAUAUAUUUUUUUUUAACAAAAGUAUCUGACUUGUAUCAAACAAAAAUGCUUUUAACUACACCUUAACAUUCAAUAUUUUCAUUUAAUAUUUGUGGGUCUAAAACCCUAAAUUCCCGGAGCUUCCGGGGGCUUCACCCCCUGAAGCCCCCUACAAGGCCUUUGCCCUGGACACAGUGGGGGCCUUGAGGGGCCCCAGAUCCCCUGCCGAUUUGGGCUUCACCUUCAACAUUUGUCUAGCUAAGCCACUGAUUAUACUCAUUCUGUUGCAUUUCUCACAAUAAGUAACAAUAAAAACAUCAGGAUUCUUAUUUUGUGAAAAUAUGUUAUUUGCUAUAUAUAUGAUUGUGUCAUUUAAAUGUCUGGUUACAGAAAUAUACA